AUGCAGGAGGUGCUAAAGGAGAUCAGACAUUUAGUAACAUUUACCCAUCCAAAUCUAAUGACAUUCAACAAGUCAAUAAACGUUCCAGCUAUAUCUAGACAAGAAAUUUAUAAUGAGCCUGCAAAAGCCCCAAUGCCUGCAAUUCAGCCAAAGCCUAUAAAAAAAUCUGGAGUUGCCGUAACUUUUCCAGACCCUAAACCAGCUAAACUUGAAAAAAGAAAAGAGCACAAGCCAAAACCAAAGCCAAAGUCACCUAUAGACGAACCUAUGCCAGUUUUCCCAGUUAAACGCCAAAGAGCCGAAAUUCUCACAAUUGAUGAAUCUCCCAAAGAAAUAAAAAAGUGCCCCCUUUGUGAAUGAAGAUUUCCCAAAGAUUUCUCAGAAGUCGAAAUGAAUAAACACGUAAAUGCAUGUGUGGAUGGAAAUGGGGUAGAAGAUAUUAAAGAGUAUCACGACUCGAUGAGAGCUAUAAAAAAACUUAAAAAAAGAGAUGAGCGACAGGAAACUCAAGAAAUUGCCAGUCCAGCUAUUCCUGAAAUUAAAAGGCCAAUUAUUGAAAUUCCGACUAUUAGAAAAACUAACGACAGUGACUCUUCGGAUGAUGAAAAAAAUAAAAUUCAGAAUUGUCCUUACUGCAAGCUCUUUAUUGGAAAGCGGAGCAAUGAUUUUAUUGAAUGACAUAUAAAAGAAUGUGCAGAAGAUAAAUUUGAUAUGUAUGAAGAAGACAAAAAACUUUAUGAUGAGCUAGGGAAUAUCCCUAAAAUGUCGAAAUCUGAUAUUAUGGCUAAGUCUGAGUACACUAGUUUGAGGAUGUUCAAAAGGAAGAUAAGAAAGAAUUUUAAUUAA